AUGCCCAUGCCAUCCCUCAUACAAAAGCCCUCAAAUCUCAAGGUGAACUACCCAUCCUUGAAUGAUUACGAGCUUAUGCCACCGCUUUUUCAAUAUGACAGUUUAACCGAGUGUUUCGCGCAAUAUCCUUCAAGCGUUUACUGUGUUGUGAAAACGGUUCUGAAACCGAAGGAAGACUCCAAAAUAUGGCACGCUAUAGAGAAAUAUUCCAAACACGCUUCCUACCACGACCACUCGCUCCUAGAUCGAGGAAUGUGCGUCGAAGCGUGCGUAAAGCUAGUGAACAGUUUAAAUUCUUCGCUCAAAGCCACACUCGAUACGGAACCCAUUACGGUGAAACCCUACCAUCUUCUUUCAAUACCAUCCGAACGAGAGCUUCCUCAACAUGUGGCCCGGUACGGUAGGAUCCUCAACAUCUGUGUAAACGAUCACCUUCGCCAGCGCUACAAUCUGACCGGCUACUCCGAGCUAGAACGAUGUAUCACGGCCGAUUCUCAUCGUCCAGCACUUGAUGUGUACCACGUGUUGUUCGGAUUGAUUGUUGUACUGCUAUUUGGCGCAGUUGGAUAUGCGAGCUACACCGAUUGGCGUUACACCAAGAUUGCUUCAAAUAAUAACAACAAAACUGACCACCAAACAACGCGAAUACGCGACGCUCUCUGGAUGGAGUUUUCGCUUCGAAGAACCUGGUCUCAGCUGAUUGCCACACCAAAGUCCACCCUUCAGCGGGAUUUCGCUUUCGUUGAAAUCUUUCGGAUGCUGUCGGUGUUGAUCAUACUCGCCAUUCACGUUUCCCUGUGCUUUGUGGCGGCACCAACAGCAAACAUGCGCAUGUUGGAAGAAUUUUUCGACCUAAGGCUGUCGUUGAUCGCUGUUAGCGUGUUCCCAUUUCAGGUGCAUACAUUCUUCACGAUCAGCGGUGUUAUGUUGGCCGUACAUUUUCUCGAAUGUGCCGCAUCGAAGACGAACCGCAUUGGGUGGUCUUUCUUGUGGAAGGGUGUUGUGAUGCGUUAUGUACGCAUUUUCCCCGUCUUGUUUGUAGUAUGGCUGUAUCAGGUGUCCUGGCUUGAUUGGUUUGCCCGAGGUCCAGGUGAUUAUAGGUUUUUUGGUCUGGAAAAGGAUAACUGCCGGACGAAUGGAUGGUUGAACUUUUUGUUCCUCAACAAUUACUUCAAAUACAGCAAUAUGUGUAUGCAACAAACAUGGCACCUGGCAGCUGAUUUUCAAUUCUUCCUCGUUGGACUUCCCUUCCUACUGCUGGCCAAUCGUCAUCCGCGACUGCUGAAACCGCUUGUAACUAUCACAACAAUUUUCUCGAUCGGUGCUCCUAUCGUGAACCUUUACCGCCAUAAACUGCCCGGAGUUAUUCUUGCUAACUCCAAGCAACUUCGGUUCGUGUUCUACGCUCAUCCAGCCCUGGAGAAUGAUUAUAUGCUAUCACAUCCACAUAGCUGCAGCUACUUCAGUGGUAUGUUCGCUGGUAUCGCCUACCAUCACUAUCGAAAAGCUUCCGUCCCCGUUCUUUCCGAUGGAACAUUUGCAUCGCUACUGAAAUGGGUACCACCGACGAUGGUUCUACUGCAGGCCAUUGUUUCUCCCCUGUUCUACGAUCUGGACUACAGCGAACCGAUGCUUUGGAAUGCAAUCUACGGUGCGGUUCAUCGAUGUUGUUGGGGUGCCAUGUGUGCGACGGGCAUUCUGUACGGUGCAACCGUAUGGCAGGGACGUCACUCGUGGAUUCAUUUCCAUCCCGUACUCCAAAUGCUCAGCAGACUCUCCUUCGGUGUGUUUAUGGUGCAGUUUAGCGUGUUAAAGAGCUUAACACAAAAUGCUACCGGAGAGGGAAUUGACUUCAGUUGGAAGAUUUUUGUAAGGAUGGCUUUGAGUGAAACAAAGAGAAAAGGUUUAUCGAAGAUUUCACGAAUUAUUUCACAAUUUUAUGUCUUUUAG